AUGGAUCCAGGCUUGAAUGUCGAUCACAAUGUUGCGCGUUGGGAAGCGCCUAAACACCCAAAGUCGGCUAUCAAUGAGACACUACGUAUGUACUACAUCAAGGCCAAUGCAUCUACUGUCGAAGAACACCCGAAAAUCUUCAACCCGGCGAAUGGAACCUACGAGGUAGACCACUUCCUCGCGAUCUCCUUCGUCUCGCAGCUAAUCUACCAACACUACGAUUAUCUAAACGCGCCGUGGGGCGAGUUUGCGCUGCUGUCGCAGCACCUAAACCACCCGUGCAACCUCUACCGUCUUAACAAAGACUUCAACCAGAGCAUUGGUCGUUUCACUGUCGAUCAAUUUGCCAACUCGGCACACCAGGACGCGGACAUCCGCGAAUACCUUGACAGCCAGGUCCGCCGGCCCAAGACGGCGAAUGACGGCCACCGUUUGGUUCGAGCCGACGGAACCGUGACGGCGGGUACCGUUCGCGACAAUGUUUCCAUGCUACUUACGGGGAUGCAGAAUGCUACCGGCCCGUACGCGAAGUUGACCAAAUUCGUGGGGGCACGUUUCGAGGCCUACCUAAGGCUCCAGGUCAACCCAGCGCCGCAAAACAAGCCAAGCGUUGCUGAUACAAAUAGCGUGGGCGGAUUUGUAGAAAGGCAGUAAACUCUUGUAGGGCUCGUAUGGAGCGUAAGGGGUUUCUUAGAAGGACUGGGCCCUAACAUACUCGAAGCGGGAGGUUGGCGACCAAUACAAUGGAAAGGGACGCGUUAACUAGCAAAAUAUAUGGUCGCAAUCUUCCAGGCUCUCUUACUGAGGAUGCUGUGGAAAGACGUUGUCAACCGAUUUCAUUGAGUAUUGAUCAAUUUACG